UCACCCCUGCAGUCACUCUUUCUUGUCCGGGGCACCUGCACUAGACCCUGGCCUGGAAGGGUGGCCUCCUAGCCUGCAGUGUCCCUGGAGUCUGCUCAGGUUCUGGAGCUGGGCAUGGGAGGCCAGCAUCCUGUCCUCCCAGGACAGCAGGAGGGCCCAGACCAGUGCCUGGCAGACUUCCCCGGAGAAGGGUCCCAGGGUGGGGAGGUCAUGAUUUCCAGAAGGGUCUGUGUCUCUGAGUGUGUAAGUGUCCGAAGGGUCCACUCGGUGUGGUCAGGUAAACAGGCAGGUUUUAGUUCAGAUGGAGGAAGCUGAGGUUUGACUCUGACUUCCUGCCAACUCCCGGGGAACGAGCCAAGCUCUGUUAUCACCUGUGCAGGGGCGACAGCCUGGUAAAGGGAGGUGGUGGCGGGAACAGGGAGGAUGCUCGGGGCUCAGUCGUCAGGGAAGGGAGAAAUUGCCCGGCGCUGGUCGGCGUCCCUGGGAUGGGCCUGCUGUGUCCCCGGGAUGGGCCCACUGUGUCCCCGCGAUGGGGCUGCUGUGUCCCCGGGAUGGGCCCGCUGUGUCCCCGGGAUGGGCCUGCUGUGUCCGUGCAGGUGGCUGUUGAGGUCAGGAUUCUGUCCUCCCAGAGCCUGGAGAAGCGGCCCCCUCCUUCCCACUGAGGACACUUCGAGGGAGCGGCUCUCAGGUCCCAAGGAAGACCCUCCUGGCCGCAGGAGACGUGCAGAUGUCGGGAAUGGACAGAAGGAUGUGUGGCUGCAGCCCUUUCAGCAGACGCCCUGGGAAAGGGAGGGCCUCCGACCUAGGGCAGGAGCACUCCCUACCCCAGACCUGCUGGGUCGCAGCAAAUGCACAGACAUCGGGAAAGGACAGAGGAAGGGCGUGUGGCUGCAGCGCUCUCUGCAGACGCCUGAGACGGGAGUGCGGUGUUUGUAUUCCCAGCACAUCGUUUCACUGUGUGCGUUGAGCUUUGCACCCUGUUACCAAAUGAGGUCACCCCGUGAAUGCUGCCACGUCAUCACAGACACUCGAUGCAAGAGGAAGCCAUCACCAUCAUCACCACCAUCACCAUCACCCCCUGUGCAGAUGGAGAGGAGGCAUAGAGAGGUGAUAGUCUGCCCUGGACUGCCAGCCAGUUGGUGGCAGAGCCACGGUUCUGAUGGAAUGAAUGUUGUCAUCCUCAGACGGCAGGGUGUGGACAAUGAAUCUUCCAGGUCUGCCCUGGGCUGUGGGUCUGGACAGCACUGCAAUGAAGAGAAGACACUCUGUGUCCUGCCUUCUGUGACUGUGGAAAUGGUGCAUCUGGCUGGGCAUCUGGCUGCCCCCUGGGAGGGGGUGACUGUGGGAAUGGUGCUGGCGUCUGGCUGCCCCCCUGGGAGGGGGUGACUGUGGGAAUGGUGCUGGCGUCUGGCUGCCCCCUGGGAGGGGGUGACUGUGGGAAUGGUGCUGGCAUCUGGCUGCCCCCCGGGAGGGGGUGACUGUGGGAAUGGUGCUGGCGUCUGGCUGCCCCCCUGGGAUGGGACCAGAAUGCCACUUCUCCCCUCACUCCUCCAGUUCACAUCCAGAGCCCCAGCAGGACCAGCAGAGCCUCUAGAGCAGGCGGCAGCUCAUGUCCUGCCUUGCUAGCUGCUCCUCUCCUGGGCAACGUUGGCUGCUUGCUGUGGCUGUCCCCAAGGUAUGUGAUCGCCUCUGAGCUGGGCUCCUGGCCUGGGCUUUCCUUCGGGGCCUGGGCAGCCGGGCUCAGCUUGGACCCAGGCAGCAGCCACAGCGGGGCCCGUGGAGGUGACAGUCGCCUCUGUGGUGAUGAACAGACGGCUGUGACACACGGGAGGUGACCACUCCUGAGUUUCCAAGCGCUGCGGUGGAGGCCAGAGCCAGCAAAGCCCCUCCCAUAUUGCAAGAGCGGGUUUGAGUUUGUCCCAGGAGGACAAAGUCGGGAGCCCAUACUGGGACACGCCUCCUCCAAAGCUCCACCUGUCCCAGGCCUCACUCCCGGCUCCCCCAGCUUGCUCCUGGCAUCCACGGUGGAGUCAGAUGUUUCCGGGCACUUUCACCUUUGUGCCUUUAAUGCACGUUGAGGACUUUAAGGAAUUGUGGAUAAAUACAGCGAUGGGCAGAGCCAGUGACCACAGGGAGCAGUGACCACAGAGGCUGCUGACCCCUGCACCCCAGGGGCAUGACUUUUCCUCCUCUGCCUGGGCUUUGGUGGGAGGGGCAGCCUCUGUGGUCUGAGAAACAAAAAUACCCAAAACCUUCUCCUAAAGUGCCUCAGGAACUCGAUGCAUAGGCCAGAUACACACACAUGCACAGACAUAUGUGUGUGCAGACACAGCCCAGGCACGCACACACAUGUGAGCACAUGCACACGCUCACAGGAGGCCCGUGGACCCCCCCAGCCCAGGGAGGAAGCUCUGGUUGCCGGUGGACAGCUGCAGCAGGGCCGCCCCCAGCCCCGCCUGCCUCCCAUUGCCCCCCGGCCCUGGCUGCACAGGCUCCCCUCAUGCUGCGGCUGGGGCCUCUGGCUUGCUACAACCCAUUGCUGGCCUGGGUCUGGGCCCUUCCCUGGCUGCCCCUGGGUUUAUAACUCAGGCCAGUGCUGGUGUGCACACAGCAUCUCCCUGGGAGGCCAGGGCUGCUCCUGAAGCUCUGUGGGCCUGCACUGGCCGGUGAGUCUGCAGUGUGGGUUAGGCUGAAUUCUUCCCCCUCCUGCGCACAGGGGGCCUGGUGCCCCAUAGCUGCCUGUAGCCCCUGAGGCCUUGCCCUCACUUCAGUGCCCAGGUUCUCGGGCUCUGGCCAUGUGGCAGGUGAAGGUGGGGUAUUGAGCCCAUUGGCAGACGUACACCAGGUGUCACACCCCUGCCAUAGGGCCUCCCAGAGCCGGCCAUCACCCCAGACCUGUGGGGACCAACGAUGGGAAGGAGAGGUGACUCUGGGCCAGGCUCACAGGGAUGCUGGCAUAGACCCUGCCCUGGUGGGUGCCUGUCCUGGGCCCUGGUUCUGCAUGAGGAACUGGGCAAUCAUGGUGGGGCUGCCAGUCCUGUUCUCAGUGGGCUCCACACUUGUCUCGUGGGAGUCACCCCCAGGUAGUCUCAGGCUCCUCUCCUUUAGGGCAGACCCACAGCGCCAUCUGGGCAUCCUGGGCUUCUGCUGGGGUCAUGAUGGUGACCUAGUGCCCUCACUGGCCAGCCCUGCUGUCAGCCAGGCUCAGACUCCACAGUCCCUCACUGACCCGGCCACCCCAGGAGGACUGCAGCCUGUCACCCACGGCAGGCAGCCUGUGGGCACCAGGGCUGGCCGCCCAUCCUGCACCCGGGGCCACAGGGCAGCACACGGGGAUGCAGGUGCCCUUCAUGCCCUGGGAGGUCAGUGUUCACCACCAGCAAAGCGCCAAGCUAAGCUGCAGGAGGUGGUCAUGCCCCAGGGGACAAUGGAGAGCUGUUCUCUGGCCGAGAGAGAGACAGAGGAGGUGUGGGCUCUGAGGCUGCCUUGGUGGAGGUGGGCAUGGCCUGCAAUGCACCAGGCCCAGCCAGUCUCAUGGCUCUGAGUGGCUCACCUCCAGCCCCUGUACCCCUGUGCUCUCAGCUCCUCCUCCAUCUCCAUCUUCCAGGCCAGGGCCUCCCAGCAGCACAGAGGCUGGGAAGUCUGGUGUACAAGCCCAGGCACAGCCCUGCCUCUACUCCCCACGCUGGCCCACAUUGAGGUCCCUGGCUGUCAGGAUGAAGCCCUGAGUGACACCGCAGCCCAUCCCGGUGACAUGCUCACCCCAGCCCCCAGGUCGCGGACCCUGGUCUUGUCCAGUCCCUGAUGUGGAGUCCUCAGUUCUCAAGAUACACCUGGAAAGUCCUGGUCACGAAGUGGGGAUGCAGAGUCCUGCAGAGCCACUGGGCUGGGCUGACCCCCAGGUGAUGGAGGGCCUGGUGGGUGCCCUCCUCCCUCAGAGCCGGGGCUGCUGCCGCCCAGGGGUGGGACCCUGGGCUCUGAGAGAGGCCCCUGAGCUGCAGCCUUGGGGGCGUGAGGCUUC